GUCGCUGCGUAAGUCUUGUGUAGAAGUCUGUACCCACCGCAGAGGGUUGUGUGGUUCCCGUAGCCCCCACCCAUCCACCCAUCCACCCCCAUCGGUGGUUAGGGUUAGGACAAGGUUAGCUUCAGGUCAAGGUCAGGGGGAAGCUACUUCGGCAUAACACAGUGAGCUGUGUAGGGCUGCGCUUCAGCUCCUUAGAUCCGUCCGUCCUUCCCUCCCCCUCUGCUCUUCUUCAUUGUACCCUCACCAGGAAACACGGUGGGCAGGACUGAUCAGAGACAGAGCGAGAGUGAGAGAGAUAGAGAGCGAGCUGCUCGACGCUCCACCGGUGCACCACGGGGUACCAAUUCAAACUGACCAGCGCGUCUCUGUCACGGCGCAGACAGCCUCCGCUCGCCUCAUCCAUCGCCCGGCAACCUCACUGCAGCUGACCACGGGAGCCGGUGCAGAAGAGCUGUAAAGAAGAAGAGGAGGAGGGAGGAGGUGAUGUUCUCUUCACAGCUCACUGUGACCGUGAGCUCAGUGAGGGUUUGAGCCUGUCAGGACACCUCGCAGUAGCCUGUCCUCAGUCCACCCACUGUCCCAAAGUAAAAACAACAAUCAUCUAAGCUUCCAAACUUGACAUCUCGCCCUCCCCGUCCCUCUCUGCUCCGGUACCCAGUGCCAUGGCCUUCACCCUAUCAGAGAUCAUGGCAGCAAGGCGGCAGCAGUCGCAGGCUCAAUCACAUGCCCAGCGAGGCAACAGGACGACGGUGGAGGUGGACGAAUACAGCACCAAUCCCACUCAGGCCUUCACCUUCUACAACAUCAACCAGGGGCGCUUUCAGCCGCCACAUGUCCACAUGGUGGACCCGAUUCCCCAUGACACGCCCAAGCCGCCGGGCUACACCCGCUUUGUCUGCAUCUCGGACACUCACUCACGCACCGACACCAUCCAGAUGCCAUAUGGGGACGUUUUCAUCCACGCCGGAGACUUCACCGAGCUAGGCCUUCCCUCUGAGGUCAAGAAGUUCAACGACUGGCUAGGCAGCCCUGGUACUAUGGCUGGGGCUUCAACCUGCCGCGGGGUCAGGCUCUGCUGGACAAGUGGAACCAGAUACCCGACAACACAGACAUCCUGGUCACACACUGCCCCCCACUGGGUUUCCUGGACUGGGUCCCGAAGAAGAUGCAACGUGUCGGGUGCAUGGAGCUGCUCAACACGGUCCAGAGGAGAGUCCAGCCCAAAUUACACGUAUUUGGACACAUUCAUGAAGGUUAUGGCAUGAUGACCGACGGCACCACAACGUUUAUCAAUGCCUCCGCCUGCACCGUCAACUUCCUGCCCAUGAACCCACCCAUCGUCUUCGACCUUCCCAACCCCAGGAACACAUGACUAGAGGAAGCUCGCCCCCAAACUCAUACCACCAAUCAGGAGAAAGGCACCAGGCGAGGUAGGUGAGGUUGGCGGGCAGAACGGACCGAGUUCUGUAAAUAUUAGGCAGGUGUGUCUCUAAGGUGACACAACAUGGUACACGCCUGGAGAGUCCGUUUGUGGAGAGAACUGGACGGGAUGCUCCCUCACGCUGUUGAUGUUAUUUUUUGUGCCAUAUUUUCUUCAUUACUAACUGAGUCUAAGACAAAUGGAUGAGCAAAGAGGCGCUUUUACAUGCGGACAAACUCUGUGUUCUCUUUUACUGUACUGACAAUCUUCUGUGGCUUUCAGAGAGACAAAAGAGACACCCCGACAUCCCUGUUGGCCUUUUUCACUUGAAAUUAACUGAAAACAUUUGAACUUGCAGUGAAACAACCCAACACUUUGUCUACAGUAGAGUUUUAGCCUAGCACUCAGGAACCUAGGACUCAGCAACAGAACAUUUGCCAGGGGAAUUUUCAUAGAUUUUUUUUUUCCUUUCUACAUUUAAAUAUUCGUUUUCAAUUCUUUCCCUCAUUUCUUCUCCAGUCGCUCCAGCAAUCUCUUUCUCUUCCUUCUGUUUCUCUCUCCUCCUCUGGUCCGCAGUAUGUACUGUAUGUGUGUGUAUGUAAGAUCAAAGCAAGUGCGUGAGGGCAGUGAGAGGUCUCUGCCACAGGCUGUGUGAGAGUUGGGGUGUCAAACAUGUUGACACUGCUCCCCUGGGUCUCAUUACAUCCCUGAGUAAGACUUUUAUUCGGCCGGGGAGAGGACACAGAGGAAACGAUUUGCAGCACUUCCAGUUCUCUUUACCCUUUUUGCUCCUUCACAUAGCUUUUCUUUUGCCUUUUCUCCUCUGUCUUAUUUUUCCCUUCCACAUCAUCCUUCAUGCUUUGAGUGACUAGCUGAGCUUUUUAGGUACAACUGGGAGGUCCAUUUUUCUUGAACAUCUAGAGGGCAGCAGGAAACAUGCAACACAAUGGUGCUUCAUGCUAACACUACUUCUGAACAUUGAUGGUUGUUUCAAGUAUACUCCCUCGUGUUAUUCACAGGAGAGAUGGAACUUUUUAUCCUCUUUCAAGAGGAGCGAAGCUGUAACUAAAUGUACUGUAACUGGUCUAUGUAAAUGUUCUGUCAGUGUAAAAAAAUGAUUUCCAAGUUGUUGCUAUGCUUUUCAGAAUCUUGUUAAAUAUUUGUGUCCGGAAAUGUGUGGUUGUUGUAUUUCAUUUGGUCUGUUUCUUAGUAAUGUAAAUGCUUGUUAUGGUAUUUUCUUCCCUGUGAAGCCGCUUGGCCCCAUUUGGUGAUUAUUAACUCUUUUAUGUCCCUAAGCAGUUUGCUUAAAAGAAAGCAUCUUUUUUAUUUUUGUUCUUUGCUCUAUUUACUGAAUAAGGCCGUUGCCAGUGAAACUCUGAAUGUGUUUAACAUAACAAAACCAAGUCACACUUUGAUCUGCCUGCUCUCCGACAUUAUGUACGAACAUUCCCUGGAGCUGCAGUUUGCUCCUGCUUCACUCUCUUCAGCACAUCAGCAUUCACUGUGCCAGCUGACGUCUUAAUGUUUCCAAAUGGGCAAAAAAGGACAGUGCAGCAGAAGUGUUCACCAACAAACUUGUGUCUGUGGAUAAUGGUGGAAGGUAUGAGCAUUUGUUAGUCCAAGUACUGUAUGUUGAUGCCUGAGGGUCUGUGCGUGUUACACCAUUUUUAUCAGGACCAGUUUAAAUUUUAGGCCCUGAGGACAUGUUGGUUGAUCCUCAUUUCUUUAAGGGGCACAUUUAGAGUUAAUAUUAACAUAAGGAUUAAGAUUAGGGUUAAGUUAAUUAAAGGUGCAUUUACUAAAUUAUUUUCAGCCAUUAGAGGGUUUAGUGAGACUCAAAACUAGCUGACAUGUCUUGUUUCCUAGCAACGACGCCAACUACAGAUGCCUUGUUGGAACAAACGGUACAAAAAGCAGCCACCAGUUUGACGCUACCAUUAGCGGACUAAUGAGUCCCGGCUCUACAGAAGCGGCACAAUGUCAAGUGAUGAGGUUGACAGUGAGGAGACGAUCCAGAACAGUGUUAACAAAACACUAACUUUACACAAAGCUGGAAUUACUCCCAAAUUAAAAUCAUAUUAAAUGGACACAAAGGUAAAAUUGUGACCAGGCUAGGUUGCUAAUGCUAUCAAAACAAACAUGUUAGCUUUAUACACUAACACAUCAAGAAGCAAGAAUGCUACAUCUGAAUCAAAUUUGAACGCCACCUCUUUGGUCUGGCAACCACUGUUUUGGACUUCUAGCUGUCAAGAGCUCCUUCACGGCUGGCUGUUUGAAAUGGAUAAUGAGUAAUCAUCAAUAAUGAAAAGAAUUGUUAGAUGUAACCCUAAUAGUGACCUAAGAAUAAACCAUGGAACAGCUUGCAACUAAUCCCAAAUGAAUCUGUUUGAUUUACUCCUCCUCAUUUUGUCGAGUAAGUAAACACAUUCAAUUUGACAACUACUGCUUUGGUAGUUGAAUAUUAUAACUGUUCAGGAAAUAUUGUUUUAACCAUGCUCUGCCUCACAGAGUUACAGUAUAUGGCUAAAGUGAAAGUACCUGAGCCAGUAUGUAAUUUAUGGUAGUUUUGUUUGGUCAGAUUUAACUAAUUAACAACAGCUAGAGGGACCAGUUGAAAACACUGACAAAGUCCAGAGACAAAUGGCUAAUGUUACAACAUGUUAAGACUAAGUAGCAGAUAAUUAGCUUGGAAUGCUAGCAGAUAUUAAGAGACAAACUCAAGAAAAAUGCAAAGGGCCACAAGGUUGUACCAUUUUUUUUCAUUUCAGAUAAUUAAAACACAAAAACAAACAAAUAUAAAAAAAAAAGGUUGGAAACUAAAAAUGUUAAUAAAAGUCAAACAAAUUCUUGGUAAAGGUAAAAAAAACACUCAUAUAUGUAAUACUAGCCACUGUGCUGCUAUGAGUUUGUCUUUUAAACACAGAUAUUGUUUUCAUUUGCAAAUUAUUGACUAAAUCUCUGUGGUUUUGGAAUAACAUAUUGUGAUCCGCUUUAAAAUACCAGUGUUUUAGGCUUAAGGUUGGAAGAUUUCAAACCAGGGUUAGAAGGGUCCGUACAAGCAGGAUAGAGGGUGUGUGAGUCUGUGGGAGUGUAUUUAAUAGAAAUAGCAAAAGAGUGUGCUCAGACCCAGCAUUUAAAACACAAAUUUAAUUAGUGUCUAUGAAGAAAAAUGUCCAUGGAAGGAAUAAAUGAACUAUUAAAACCAAAAGAUGGGAGGAACUUUCAUCUCGAGUUUCAUGAAAAGCUCUCUGUUUGGUCUGACUCUCCAGUUCCAGUCCUCAUUUAGAUGUCUCUCACUUUGAUGCUGUUCUACUUCAAUAGCUGUGUUGUGUGUUUCCUGUUUUUUUUUUCUAAGAAAAAAGUGCUGUAAUAUUUCUUGAUUUAUUUGGUGAGGCAUGCUUAAAGGAGUUAAUGACUUCUUCAACUCAGACAAUCUGCAUAUGAAGAGGUUUUUUCUCCCCCCAAAUGAAAUAUACACUAUUUGAAAAAAGGAAGAGGCAGAAUGACUGACAGUUAAAACUGAAAGUAGAUUGUUGUGGUACGUUAUAAAGGACUAAGUAACUUGUGUCCUUGGUGACAUUUUUAUUUGCUGUAUCUUUAAAAUUUCAAAAAUACUGGGUGGCUUUGAAGUUCAGGACUUUUUUAUGGAUAUGAAAGGGGUGCUGUAUUUUACCUAUAUUGUUGGGGACAUUUCCAGUUUUUUUUUUGUUUGUUUGUUUAUUUGUUUGUUGUUUUUUUUUUUUUUUUUUUUGACAGAAAGUAAAAUAAGAAAAUGAAGGUCCAGCAGCAGCAAAAUUGUACUGCGUUGCUCCUGGAGACAAAUGUAAAGAUGUAAAGUACUUUUCUUCUUAAAACCAAGGAUUCUGCUGGUUCUGAGAGAUAAUUCACCGAUUGAAUAAAAC